ACACCCACCCUGUAUAACAUCAUGCACCAAAUAAGAUUAAGAUUUGAUUCGGAGCUCCAAAAAGUGUAGUGAUCGGAUCUAAGUCGAAUUGUAGCCAACCGAGGGGGCACUUUGUGGAUGUAACAGAAACAGCAAGGUACGGUACAGUUGAGAGAGCAGUUCGAUAAGAAGAUGGAGGGAGAAUCAAGCAGUAUUCGAGUAAAUGGAAUGCAAUUUUCAUACGAUUUCCAAAGUCCCAUAUUUUUCGAUUUCAACCUCAACAUUUCUCCCCGAUCUCGAUGUCUCCUUCUCGGUGCUAAUGGAUCCGGGAAGACAACCCUUUUGAAGAUAUUGGCGGGAAAGCAUAUGGUGGGUGGAAAAGAGGUAGUGAGGGUGCUGAAUUUUUCGGCUUUUCAUGACACCCACCUCGUCUGUAGUGGUGAUCUGGCUUACCUUGGAGAGUCUUGGAGCAAAACUGUCGGCACUGUUGGAGAGGUUCCACUUCAGGGAGAUUUUUCGGCUGAACAUAUGAUAUUCGGAGUUGAAGGAGUGGAUCCAGUUCGGCGAGAAAAGUUGAUUGAGCUGCUGGAUAUUGAUCUGCAGUGGCGUAUGCACAAGGUAUCUGAUGGUCAGAGGCGUAGAGUCCAAAUCUGCAUGGGUCUCCUUCACCCCUACAAGGUUCUUUUACUGGAUGAAGUCACAGUUGACUUAGAUGUUGUCGCGAGGAUGGAUUUGUUGGAUUUCUUUAAGGAAGAAUGUGAACAGAGAGGAGCUACAAUUGUCUAUGCAACACAUAUAUUUGAUGGACUGGAGACAUGGGCGACAGAUCUUGUUUACAUCCAAGAUGGAGUUCUGAAGAGGUCUGAGAAGUUACCCGAACUUCCGGAGUUGAAGUCUGCACCCAAUUUGCUUUCAGUAGUUGAGAACUGGUUGCGUUCUGAGACCACGAUUGAGAAAAAGAAGCCGCUUCCCGCUCCGCCAAAAGUUCAAAAGUCCUCCCCUUUUGUCUCUUCUCCAUUUCAGUCAUCUAGACAUAUGGCGUAUUUUCGUUGAUUACGUGUUCUGUUUCCAGAAUCGAAUUAAACCUUGCCGGUUUGCCUAUAGUGAGAGAUGAGAGCUGGUUUUUCGGUGUUUACAGCUUGGGAAAUGCUGCUUUUAUCAUGGGCUACAUCCCUUUGCUAAAUUCAGAAGUAAGGGUUAUGGCAACUCAGGUUAAAUUUACGUGUUGAAGACCUGAAGAUGCGCCUUUAGUGCAAGUAUAUUAUAGUGUUCGAUUCUUCUAUUUGUAUUACUCUGAAGCAAUUUCGUGUUACAGACUAACAGCAAUCACCGUGAUAUUAUUUUUAUCGUAUCUGAAUAUUCAUCGCUUCAUUUUGCA